AUGUCUUACCAAUAUCCUGCGCAUUUCCUUCCCCUCAGUUCCGACAUGGAGGUUCCCAAUUCUGGCUUCGCGCCCAACUACGGCGCAUCAAGCUCAGGCCAAGCAUCCAUGCACCAGGAAAACCACGAUCCGACAGAUCAGGAGCGUAGAGAUUCCAUCUUACAGGCGAGUCGUCGAAAAGCAAAACGCUCCUUGAACAAGCCUAAUGUCAGACUGCGGCAGGCCAACAUCUCUGAUUCAAGUCAGUCUGGCCAAGCUGGGGACAAGAAGAGGAACAAGCUGGGCUAUCACCGGACCUCGGUAGCUUGUGGACAUUGCCGCAGGCGGAAAAUUCGAUGCAUAAUGUCAGAGGUACAAGGUGAUGGUCGAUGUAGAAAUUGCAUCAGGUUGAAGAAAGACUGCAGCUUCUUCCCUGUAGACCAGGCGCCGUCUCAAACGGCUGAAGCAAGACCCAAACCGCAACCAAUACCUGCCGGAGGAUCCAACACCGCUUCCGCAUCGUCUUCUCCCGUUGUACUUCCCGGAAAAGCCCUAGAUGGAUCCCAACAUUAUCAGCACCAUCAAGGAGGAGUUCUGCCCUCGUCACAAAACAUACUACCGACAAUUAUCCAGACUUCUGCAGCCGAAAAUCUUGGUCAGGACCCAACAGGCCAUUUUCCACACAGCUCGGGGACAUGUCAAAUAGCUAACAAGCGAACAGUGUCUGCUUCGAGCACUGCAACGUCUUCCCAGCCCUACGAUUUUGCGAACCCCCAAAUCACGAACUGGGCAUCGCCAGACGUUAGUUCCAACUAUGCAACAAAGUCAGGAGACUUGAAGGAAACGAAGAAGUCUUACGCUGAACAGUCCCCGAUUACUCCGUCUCCGUCGUUCUCGCCGUAUACAUCUCAAGCCCCACCGUCAGCCAACUGGAGCAACGCAGAUAUCAAUGCUCAAAACAACAUGGGAUAUGCUUCCUUCGCAAUAGGGAACCCUAUGGCAUACCCAAGAGGCACACAGAUACCUACACAAUACCCCACGAUGUCACAGCAGGGCCGACAGUACCCCAGAAGGUCUUCGACCGUCAUGACGACUGACAUGUACACGAACCCGAUUGCGACAAGUUUCCCAACUAUGGACCCGCACACUGUUUCCAUGUCUGCAGGCGCCAAUCCGCCUUCAGGCUACGGUACUUGGCCACAGCAACAGCAGCAGCAGCAGCAGCAGCAGCCCUACGGCUAUUCUAGGCCAUCCGAGGGAUACGAUACUUGGACGGCUUACGACAACAGUAGCGGAAGCUAG